UCUUAACUCUUACCUUACUUCUUGGUUCUUCUGUCUCUUACUCUGAAACUUCCUUUUCUGCCUUCCUUUCUUACUUUACCUCACUCUCUCUCUCUCUCUCUCUCUCUCCAUUCUCUUUUAAAUUAAACCCUACCCUUCACUCCUAACCCAAAACCAUCCCAUAGAAAAAUUCAAAACUCUCGACGAGCUUACCACUGUCAGAAAUGGACUUUGAGUAUUACUACAAGAAAAGCAGCAGCCAUGUACCGGCGUUUGGAAGCUGGGACUGGAACAAUGACAUGCCUUUCACUCAGUGCUUUGAGUCAGCCAGGCAAGCUGCUGGAUUGCUUCGCUACAGUUACUCCCAGGACCGUGACCUCUACGUAGCAGGUGAUUUGUACGAGAACGACGUCGUCACUCCCGCCAUGAUCGUCCUUCCUCGAAGAAGGGGCAAAGCACGUCAGUAUGAUGGAAAAGAAGGAAAAAAGCAGAGAGGUUGCACCAGUCCUCCACCUCCUCCUCUUCCGCCUCCUCCUCCGCCGGCAAUGAUGCAGAGGCCAACACCUAAACCUGUUGAUGAAGAUCUCUACAAGAUAUCUCCAGAACUUCUCUAUGCUAAAACCAAAAAGAAGAGAGGUUUUGGCUUCUUUUCAAGCUGCUUGCUGCCAACUUGUGUUUUGUGAAGCAAUCAUAAUGAACUCAAGAUUGCAGAGAGAGCAAGACUAGAACUACGUACAUAUAUGGGGAUGAAAUUGAAUUAAAAAUCAUAUCGUAUCAUAUAUAUAUAUAAUAUAUAAUAUAUAAUAUAUACGAACAUAUUUAUGAUGUUGGGUACUUGGGUUAAUUUAUGUAGCUUACGUAUAAGUUAUUAGUGGUGCAGUGUUAAUUAAUUAGAGGAAAUGAGUAGGUAAUUAUCACUUAAUUAAUUAUGAGGGUUGUUGUGAGUGGUGUUUUGAAUGUUAAUUUGUAUUGGUGGGUGGCAGAUGGAAUUUGAGGUAAGAAAAAGUCUGUAAAAAGGGAAAGGGUUUACCCACCCAUGUGGGGUAGCAUACAACACUAUGUAUAUUCCCUUUCAUUCCAAAAAUUCAAAAAGCUAUUUACUUCCAAUCUUUA